UUCUUGUUCUUCUUCUUCUUCUUCUCGUGUGAGCACAGGAGAUAGAGCCGCUCGCCAUGGAUUCGGUUCCAUCAGCAGAGCAUCUAUGCUAUGUCCACUGCAGCUUCUGCAACACUGUUCUUGCGGUUGAGCUUCCAUGCAAAAGAUUGUUAGACACGGUGACAGUGAAAUGCGGCCAUUGCAGUAACCUUUCCUUUCUCAGCACAAGGCCACCUCUUCAAGCCCAAUGCUUCAAUCAUGAAACAGCUCUAGAGGGUUUUGGCAGUGAAAUGAUCAAAAAGGGCCAGUCUUCUUCAUCUUCAUCAUCAUCGGCAUCACGGUCGAGCGAGUCAUUGUCCCCCAAAGCACCUUUUGUUGUAAAACCACCAGAGAAGAAGCACAGGCUUCCAUCGGCAUACAAUCGAUUCAUGAAAGAAGAGAUACAACGCAUCAAAGCAGCUAACCCCGAGAUACCUCAUCGUGAAGCUUUUAGCGCAGCAGCAAAAAAUUGGGCUAGGUACAUCCCAAAUACACCAGCUGGGUCAACAUCCAAGAGCAGCAACAAUGUAAGAAAAACAGUUUUCACUUACAAUUGA